CUCGCCACCGACCGACCCAACCGAUCCUCGCCGACCGACCCAACCGUGAAGAGCAAGAAAAGUCAGCGAGCUCGGCCGCGGCGUGCUCUCUACUGCGGCGGCGGCGGCGGCGUCGAUGGGCGACCACUACCAGACGCUGGGGCUCGGCCGCGACGCCAGCAAGGCCGACAUCAAGAACGCCUUCUUCCGCCUCGCCCACCGCCACCACCCCGACCACCACACGCACGCCGCCGCCGCCGCCCGCGCCGAGGCCGCGGUCCGCUUCCGCCAGGUCAAGGACGCCUACGACGUGCUCCACGACGACCGCCGCCGCGCCGAGUACGAUUCCUGUUUCCGCUCCUCCUCCUCCUCGCGUUCGAGUGGCUACGGGCACCGUCACGGACACGGUCACGGCGGGAACUCUUCCUGGUCGUCGUCCGCGAGGAACGACCACGGGCACCGUCGCGGACACGGCGGCGCCACCUCGUCGGGUUCGAGGGCUCCUCCUCGGCCGAGAGGCCGCUCUAGAAUCGACAACGUGAUAUUCUGCGUAUUUGUAGGUCUAUCAGUGCUCGGAGAAAUUGGAGAAAGGUGGAAGGAAGAUCCGGAAAAGAUGGAACGAGAUUUGCAAAUGAUGAGGACAGCGUUCCUGAAGACGAAGCAACAGUGGGAAAAUUUGAAACGAGGAUGGGAAAAGAGGAACCCCUGGAAAUCAUGGAGGGAGUCGAGAGAGAUGGACAAAGAGAAGAACUAGUGGACGGACAUAUUUAGAUCUUGACUUCAGGCAUACAGCUAGAACAGUUCAGACUUCAGAGCGUCUACACGUACGUAAAGACGACGGUUUGGCAUGCCUUUCGUGUGGUAGCAGGCGUUCAUGUUACUUUACCUUUCCGAGGGAACCCGAGGGUAUUUUUCCCUACUGUAUGUUUUAUAAACUAAAGAAUUAUCGGUGCGUUGCAACGGAGGACACACUGUUAAAGUGCCGUCAUGGUGUGAAGCUGGCUGGACUAUUGCAAACCAA